GUUUGCAGGGUAGUCACUUGUUGAAGCAAUUUAUUAAUUAAUCCAAUUAUUCGCCACAUUCAUCGCCUCAUUAAAUUAGAGUAAAAUGGUUUCGAUUCAAGAAAGUGAGCCUUUUGAGGGAGGUUUGUCCUUGAAGUGAACGCCUGCAAUGAACACCGAACUCGAAGCGAGCAAACCAGAUAGCUAACAUCGACGUUGUUUUAUAAUAGCCGUGUCUUUCGUUGCGAACAUUUUUACUCGGUCUUAACCCAGUAAAAUUCUAAUUAUAUUUGAUUAUGAUUAUGAUAAUGUCAUGUGGUGACUGUUAAGGUCAAAAUGUGUAUUUUAUGGAGGCCACGUACAAAAAUUAUGUUCGGUUCAUACAGCACACAUGUAUGUACGUAUUCGGCAUGUGUCCACAUAGAAAAUUAAGAGUCAUUUUAAGAGUAAUUACUAAAGGUUAACUUGUUGAUAUAGUUACAUGAAGGUAAAUAAAUUGUUAAGGAAUCGCUGACGCUGUUACUAAGUCCGACCAGCCGGUGGCAGUGUUUCACAAAGGUUGGUCCAGUGGGUUUAGCAGCUCAUGUUAACGCACACCGUAUAGUACAUUUGGUUUUUUUUUAUGUUUUUAGCCUUUGUUAUUAGAUAUUAACAGAUGUUAUGGGUGUGAUGUUCAGGUUUUUUUUUUUUUUAACUCAGAAGAACUUCUAUGAGUUGAUAUAUCAAAUCAGCCAGUAUAACUUGGCUCCAGCAGGGGGCGCUCCUGUUACCACCGAAUCGCCAUAAAAGUUGGUCUCAGCUUGCGAGUGCAGUGCACCAGGCAUUUUGUGAACACACACCCCAAAUAGGGAGCUCUCUGCGCUUCACGUCGACAGUCCUAAAAGAGGUGCAUAUUUUAAAGGGAGGCAGUGACGGGAAGAAAAAAAAACAUGUUUUGCACGGAGAUGAUCACCAUGUGUCUGCAAUCGGCCAAGCACAAGCAGCAGCAACAGCUGCAGCAGCAGAAGCAAAGCAGUGGACGGGAGCUCAGUAUCCUUCAUGAUAUAUUUCGCCGGGCAGAUAAAAAUGAUGAUGGUAAGCUGUCGUUCGAAGAGUUCAACACUUACUUUGCCGAUGGUAUCCUGACGACGGUGCAGCUGCAGGAGCUUUUCUACUCCAUUGACGGGAGACAGAAUAACAAUCUGGACACUGACAAGCUAUCAGAUUAUUUUUCUCAGCACCUUGGGGAAUAUCUGAAUGUCCUCUCGGCCCUUGAGAAGCUCAAUGUGGCCAUUUUAAAGGCAAUGUAUAAAACUAAAGAGGAGUAUCAGGACUCCAGUGUUCUAGGCCAGUUCGUGACCCGCCUUCUGCUGCGAGAGACAUCUAGUCAGCUCCUGUCCCUGCAGAGGUCGCUGCAGUGCGCCAUGGAGGCUGUGGACCAGGAGAGCAGCCCCUUUCAGGAGGACAAAACAACAGUGCUGCCGAGUGGGCGCCACUGUGGUCGCAGAGUCCUUGACAACGUCCCUUCAAACUGCCAAAACACAAAUGAGGAUGGAGGUGAGUGGAGCUCUCAGAUUGCAAGGCUGCAGCAGCUGCUGGAUAAACUGGACAGUCAGAGUCCAAUGUUGGAGCCCCUGAAGGAGGACGCGCCUAACAUCACGUGCACAUCCAAUAUCCUGCUGGUCCAGAGGCAGUUGGCUGUGAGGGAUGAUGACACGGACGACUUCAGCAAAGUUCUUAAGCGCUACGUCAGUGCGACGUCCGGCCACUCGGACAACCUGCACAUCUCUACUCAGAAGCUGCCGGAAAAGUCCUCUUACGUGAUUUACGAGUUCUGGCCAGACCGUGUCUCCUGGAUGAGCUACCUGCAGUCCACCGACAGCAAAGACUUCCAACGCUGCAUCAUCGACAUGCUGGAGGAUUCGGAGGUGGUAUCAACUAUGUUUCUACCAGCUUCUUGGUGGAUGAUGACUAACAAUUGAAUCCGGAAUGUCACAUCCACUGCCUACACUGUCACAUGGAUGCUGGCAGCCCACCCACCUGCAUGGACACACACACACACACACACAGGAGGAGGCGAAUUCAAAAGGGUUUGAAGGCUGUGUCGUCAUCCUGCCUGUUCCAGCAGCUGCUCAUUACUGUGUUAUUAGAGCGUACACAAUGACACUAUAUAUAUAUA